GGUGUUGAUUGGCCUGUCUCGUUCACUCCCACUGGUCUUUAAAUCAUUGUCUAGGUCUCCAAAGGUUCAUCUCAGUCAACUCUGUUUCAGGGGUCUGCCAUUCCAAACAAUUCAGGAAAGACUGCACAGGACUGGAUAAAUAAUUAAGAACACAGCGUUCUGAACAUCAACACAAAGUAGAAGAGCCUUAAACUGAAGGGUCAGUAUAUUAUUUACACUGAAGGAGGCGUGCGUGGACAGGAAAGCGCUGACAGGUCAAAUGGAUCCCAUGGAGCUGAGCAAUGUCAACAUCGAGCCUGAUGAUGAGAGCAGCAGCGGUGGAGAAAGUACUCAAGACAGCUACACAGGGAUGGGCAGUUCAGAAAAGGCAGCAAUAAGCAGUCAAUUUGCUAAUGAAGAUGCUGAAAGCCAGAAGUUCCUGACAAAUGGGUUUUUUGGGGAAAAGAAGCUGGCAGAUUACGAUGAUGAACAUCAUCCUGGAACGACUUCCUUUGGAAUGUCCUCAUUCAACCUGAGCAACGCCAUCAUGGGCAGUGGAAUCUUGGGCUUGUCCUAUGCCAUGGCCAACACAGGGAUCAUACUUUUCAUAAUCAUGCUGCUUGCUGUGGCAAUAUUGUCACUCUAUUCAGUUCACCUUUUAUUAAAAACAUCCAAGGAAGGAGGGUCGUUAAUUUAUGAAAAAUUAGGGGAAAAGGCAUUUGGAUGGCCAGGAAAAAUUGGAGCUUUUAUUUCCAUUACAAUGCAGAACAUCGGAGCAAUGUCAAGCUACCUCUUUAUCAUUAAAUACGAACUACCUGAAGUAAUCAGAGCAUUCAUGGGACUUGAAGAAAAUACUGGGGAAUGGUACCUCAAUGGCAACUACCUCGUCAUACUUGUGUCUGUGGGAAUUAUUCUUCCACUUUCUCUCCUUAAAAAUUUAGGUUACCUUGGUUAUACUAGUGGAUUUUCUCUGACCUGCAUGGUGUUUUUUCUCAGUGUGGUGAUUUAUAAGAAAUUCCAAAUACCUUGCCCACUGCCUGUUUUGGAUCAUAAUAUUGGAAAUCUGACAUUCAACAACACACUUCCGAUGCAUGUGAUCAUGUUACCCAAUAACUCUGAUGAUACUGGCGUGAACUUCAUGAUGGAUUACACCCAUCGCAGUCCUGCAGGGCUGGAGGAGAAUCAGGCCAAGGGCUCUCUUCAUGGCAGUGGAGUGGAAUACAAAGCCCACGGUGAUGACCAGUGUCAACCCAAAUACUUUGUAUUCAACUCCCGGACGGCCUAUGCAAUUCCUAUCCUAGCAUUUGCUUUUGUAUGCCACCCUGAGGUCCUUCCCAUCUACAGCGAACUUAAAGAUCGGUCCCGGAGGAAAAUGCAAACAGUGUCAAAUAUUUCCAUCACAGGGAUGCUGGUCAUGUACCUGCUUGCUGCCCUCUUUGGCUACCUAACCUUUUAUGGAGAAGUUGAAGAUGAAUUACUUCAUGCCUACAGCAAAGUGUAUACAUUUGACACCCCUCUUCUCAUGGUACGCCUAGCAGUCCUGGUGGCAGUAACACUAACUGUGCCCAUUGUCCUGUUUCCAAUUCGUACAUCAGUGACCACAUUGUUAUUUCCCAAAAGACCCUUCAGCUGGAUAAGACACUUCCUGAUUGCAGCCAUGAUUAUUAUACUUAAUAAUGUUCUGGUCAUCCUUGUGCCGACUAUAAAAUACAUCUUUGGAUUCAUAGGGUCUUCUGCUGCCACUAUGUUGAUUUUCAUCCUUCCAGCUGCGUUUUAUCUUAGACUUGUCAAGAAAGAAUCCCUUAGGUCACCCCAAAAGGUCGGGGCUUUAAUUUUUCUUGUGAUUGGAAUUAUCUUCAUGAUUGGAAGCAUGGCACUCAUUAUACUUGAUUGGAUCUACGAUCCUCCAAAUUCCAAGCAUCACUAACCUAGGAGAAAAUGUUCUUUUUCUGUUGGAAGUGGUUGCAAGUUAUGCCCAAAUCAAGACAUUUGAGUUAUCUUGAUUGGAAUGUUACUCAUAGGAAAUAACAGGAAGAUUCCCAAGACAUUUGCUAUUAUAUCACCAGACACCUACGAGAAAGAAAAUUAUGGUUUCUGUUGAGAAUGGUUGUUAAUGUAUUUAAAAUCCAUGGUGCACAUUGCUACCCAGGUUUGACUAGAGCAUUGUGAGAUGAUGAAGGUGUGUUUUUGCUGCUAUACAAGCAGAAUAAGUGUGGCUGCAUUUAAUGGUCAUCAGAUAACACCUUUUCCUUUGAGCUGGCUCCCCACCCUCCACCUUCCCAAAGUAACAGAUAGUUGUAUUCUCAGAGCAUUAAAUUUAAAAUGCCCUGGUGGCAAACUAUCAACA